AUGGAAAGAUACUUUGAAUAUAGAGGAACUACACCUGAAGGACAGUACAAAGUGGCAAAAAUGAAACUCACUAAACUUGCUGCUAUGUGGUUGGAAGGAAUACAAAGGCAGAGGGCAAGGGAACAUAGGGAAAGAAUUGAUACUUGGGAUAAAUUGAAAAAGCACUUGAACAGGAAGUAUGUUCCCAUCAAUUUCAAGCAUCAAAUGUACAUUAAGUGGAGCACUCUUAGUCAAAAGGGCAGAACUGUGACUGAAUACAUACAUGAAUGGGAAAAGUUGGUGGUGAUGUGUGAUAUAGAGGAUGCAGAGGACUUGAAACUGACUAAGUUUUUAUCUGGGUUGAGAGAAGACAUUAGGGAUCAACUCAUGACCAUGCCUACACUAGACCUACAAACAGCUUUUAACCUAGCCCCAAUCUAUGAGCAAAACUUCAACAAGAGAAGGGUGACAGGGAACAACUACAACAGAUCCCCUAAGGCAUACCCACCCAAACAAUCUAGACCUAUAUCACCCAAGGCCCAGAGAAAAACAGAGCAAAACCUCAAUGCCCCUGACAGAAUACCUAUACCCUUGAACAAGGUGGUUUGCUUUAAAUGCCAUGGACAUGGACAUUAUAAAAAGGAUUGCCCCAACAUCAGAGUUUUCACUGCUCAGGAAUGGAGGGAAAUCAAGGAGGAUACCCAACCCAAGAUGAUGUUAGUAGUAAGAAAUGGUAGGGUGGAGGAGGAUUGGCCUCCAGUGGCUGAACAUGAGCCAGAUGGAUCUUACAGAGUUGAUGAAUUUGGCAAAAUAGUAAGGUAUGAACAUAGUACUGAUGAAGAAGAGAUUGAGGAAGGAUUGGAGAAGGUUUUACCUGAGGAAGGCUACUACAACCUGAUUAUAAGGAGAAGCCUACACACUACUUAUGCUGAAGAAGAAAACAACCAGAGGAAAAAUAUCUUUCAAACAAAGUGUAAGGUAAAAGACCAAGUCUGUGACAUGAUUAUUGAUGGAGGAAGUGAAUCAAACUGUGUUAGCUUGGCUUUAGUGACAGAUCUGAAUUUGAAAACUAGACCUCAUGCACACCCAUACAAACUGAAAUGGCUGGACAACAAUGCUACUGGUACAUAUGACAAGAGGAGCAUGCACAAUGGGUUUACAAACACCUAUAUCAUAAAGCAUGAAGGAAAGCUCAAGGAGUUAGUUCCCCUGCCUCCCCACAGUACUGUUCCCCCUCCUGUAAGGGAACCUGUACAUUUGAUCAGUAGGAAGGUUUGUGAGAGGGAAAUAAAGAAUAAGAAUGAGGUAUAUGUCUUAGUCACUAAGGAAGUAGAGCAAGCAGCAGAAAUACCUCAAGCAGUAAAACCCCUGUUACAACAGUUCAAGGAUGUGUUCCCUGAUGAGUUGCCUGAAGGUUUGCCUCCUGUAAGGGGAAUUGAACACCAGAUUGACCUUAUACCAGGAGCUCCUUUACCCAAUAAACCAGCUUACAGAGCCAAUCCCACAGAAACCAAGGAACUACAAAGACAAGUUGAGGAGUUACUACACAAGGGAUAUGUAAGGGAGAGCCUCAGUCCAUGUGCAGUGCCCACUCUGCUUGUACCAAAAAAAGAUGGGACUUGGAGGAUGUGCAUAGAUAGCAGAAGUGUUAACAACAUAACCAUCAAAUAUAGGUUUCCCAUACCUAGGAUAGAUGAUAUGUUGGAUGAACUAUCAGGUGCCCACUGGUUCAGCAAGGAGCCCCCAGCACCUUUAUGA